GGUCCCCAGGGAUGCCAAAAUCCAUGGAUACUCAAGUCUCUGACAUAACAUGGCCUAGUAUUUACAUAUAAGCUAUGCACAUCCUCCCAUAUACAUUAGACCAUCUCUAGGUUAUUCAUGAUGUGUAAUACAAUGCAGAUGCUAUAUAAAUGGUUGUGAUACUGUAUUGUUUAGGGAAUGAUGACAAGAACAAAGUCUGCACAUGUUCAGUAGAGACACAACCAUCCAAUUUAUUUUCUGAAUAUUUUCCAUCUGCUGUUGGCUGAAUCCACAGAUACAGAGCUCCUAGAUACGAGUGCCAAGUAUCCUUUGAGAGUAGGGUGGGUGAGGUUGCUAAUGAGUACAGGGGAGCAGGUGUUGAUCAGGAGGGCCCUGCACUGGGGCAUCUGGACGCCCUGUCUCAGGACUUGAGACUCCGUUUGGAUGGCACAGGCAGACUAAGCCCAAGUCAAAGCCCUCCCCUUGGAUGUUCAUUUUAUCCCAAGCUCUUUCUGGACCCUGGAAUUUGGCAUCCCUUAGGCCGUGGGUGGAAGGACAGCUGAGCCACGUGUUAGAUAACAUGUCUAGAGGAGUGAGCCCCUACUGUGUGCCCGGCACUUUCCCCACAGGAUCCUCUAGCUAAAAUAUCCAAGGGUCAUGGAGAGAAAUACCCAGUUAAAAUACCAGAAAUGAAGAAGUGAUACCAUUAGAGACACUAAAAAAGACCAUUAGAGAUACUAAAUAACCAUUAGUUAAUAGUAUUAGCUUUUGUAUUCUGAGAUUCAACAGAAACAGUCACUUCCCUCCACCCCUAUGUGUAUCCCAGGACCACCCUGGCUAGGGAGGGCUGAGUUCAGGGAGGUCUGAUGCUGGUCCUGGGUUCCGGGGAUGACAGUGAUGAGGAACUGGGUGCACACAUGAGUGGGGGAGCCAGGCCUGGCCAGAGAAGUAACACACAUGUGCACAGACAUGUUUACCCACAUACACGUGUGCACGCAUGUGCACAAACACAAUGCAGGCAGGCAUGUUGACGCCUCAGGCGGCGGAGGACCUGACUCUGGGCCCUGCUGACCCGGGCAAGGCCCCAUUGUGAUGCGUGCCAUGACAUCAGAAUGUCACUGGUGCUUAGCACCUAUCCGCUCUCCAGCCUGUGUCUGUGUUCUACAGCAGUUACUAACACACAGUGGUGUUGGUGAGCAGCUUGUGGACUCAAAGGUUUUCUCCCUGAGAGGCAUAACCCAGGCCAACUGAUUCAUCAGAAUCAGGAAACUGGGCAUCUCUGUGGCCCUGAGCAUCCAAGGAGGCCGAUCGUACAGAGACCUCUGGUGCCUGACCGCAGUUCGCAUCCACAUCCCUGGAAUAGCCCAUCACAGGCUUUUCACCCUUGGCAAGUGGACACCAUUCACCCUGCCGGGGCAGGAUGGACAUGAUAGAGGAGGCAGAUAGUUUGCAGGCACAGGAGCGGGAGGACAUAAUUAUGAAGUAUCAGAAGGGACACCGAGCUGGGCUGCCAGAGGACAAGGGGCCUGAGCCUGUUGAAAUCUACAGCAGCAUUGAUCGCUUUGGGAUUCUGCAUGAGACGGAGCUCCCUCCUGUGACUGCCCGGGAGGCGAAGCAAAUUCGGCAGGAGAGAAAAAGAAAGAACAAGUGGCUGGAGAUGCUGGGUGAAUGGGAGACAUAUAAAAACAGCAAAAAGCUCAUAGAUCACAUCUAUAAGGGCGUUCCCAUGAACAUCAGGGGCCCAGUGUGGUCAGUCCUCCUGAACAUUCAGGAAAUCAAGUCGAAAAACCCCAGAAAAUAUAAGAUCAUGAAGGAGAAGGGCAAGAGGUCAUCUGAACACAUCCACCAGAUCAACCUGGACGUGAGCAGGACUCUCCGGAACCAUGUCUUCUUCAAGGAUCGAUAUGGAGCCAAGCAGCGGGAACUAUUCUACAUCCUCCUGGCAUAUUCGGAGUAUAACCUGGAAGUGGGCUACUGCAGGGACCUGAGCCACAUCGCCGCCUUGUUCCUCCUUUACCUGCCUGAGGAGGAUGCAUUCUGGGCACUGGUGCAGCUGCUGGCCAGUGAGAGGCACUCCCUGCCAGGAUUCCACAGCCCAAAUGGUGGGACAGUCCAGGGGCUCCAAGACCAACAGGAGCAUGUGGUACCCAAGUCACAACCCAAGACCAUGUGGCAUCAGGACAAGGAAGGUCUAUGCGGGCAGUGUUCCUCGUUAGGCUGCCUUCUCCGGAUGUUGAUUCAAGGGAUCUCUCUCGGGCUCACCCUGCGCCUGUGGGACGUGUAUUUGCUGGAAGGAGGACAGGUGUUGAUGCCGAUAACAAGCAUUGCCUUUAAGGUUCAGAAGAAGCGCCUCAUGAAGACAUCCAGGUCUGGCCGGUGGGCACGUUUUCGGAACCAGUUCUUUGAUACGUGGGCCAUGGACAAUGACACUGUGCUCAAGCGUCUUAGGGCCUCUACGAAGAAACUAACAAGGACGCAAGGGGACCUGCCACCCCCAGCCAAGCCCGAGCAAGGGUCCUCAGCACCCAGUCCUGGGCCAGCUUCACGUGGCAGGAAGACCAUCUGCAAGGGGGACAGGCAGGCCCUUCCAGGCCCACCAGCACGGUUCCAGCAGCCCAUUUGGCCAGCUUCUCCGCCAUGGGCACCUCGUUCUUCCACAUCCUGUCCUGGUGACGCUGUCUGGGAAGACACCUACCCUGUGGGCACUCAGGGUGUGCCCAGCCUGACCCUGGCUCAGGGAGGACCUCAGGGUUCCUGGAGAUUCCUGGAGUGGAACUCGAUGCCCCGCCUCCCGACAGACCUGGAUGUAGGGGGCCCUUGGUUCCCUCAUUAUGAUUUCGAACAGAGCUGCUGGGUCCCUGCCAUAUCCCAGGAGGACCAGCUGGCCACCUGCUGGCAGGCUGAGCACUCUGCGGAGGGGAACUGCCUUACUCUUCUGGAUGAUGAGGAUCAUAGAUUGGAAUAUUUGAAACUCCAGGAUGAACAACACCUGGUAAUUGAAGUUCCCAUAGAAAAGGGAGCCACAGGUCUAAGCAACCUGGGAAACACAUGCUUCAUGAACUCAAGCAUCCAGUGCGUUAGUAACACACAGCCACUGACACAGUACUUUAUCUCAGGGAGACAUCUUUAUGAACUCAACAGGACAAAUCCCAUUGGUAUGAAGGGGCAUAUGGCUAAAUGCUAUGGUGAUUUAGUACAGGAACUUUGGAGUGGAACUCAGAAGAGUGUUGCCCCAUUAAAGCUUCAGUGGACCAUAGCAAAAUAUGCUCCCAGGUUUAAUGGGUUUCAGCAACAAGACUCCCAAGAACUUCUGGCUUUUCUCUUGGAUGGUCUUCAUGAAGAUCUCAACCGAGUCCAUGAAAAGCCAUAUGUGGAACUGAAGGACAGUGAUGGCCGACCAGACUGGGAAGUAGCUGCAGAGGCCUGGGACAACCAUCUAGGAAGAAAUAGAUCAAUUGUUGUGGAUUUGUUCCAUGGGCAGCUAAGAUCUCAAGUCAAAUGCAAGACAUGUGGGCAUAUAAGUGUCCGAUUUGACCCUUUCAAUUUUUUGUCUUUGCCACUACCAAUGGAUAGUGAUAUGCACUUAGAAAUAACAGUGAUUAAGUUAGAUGGUACUACCCCUGUACGGUAUGGACUAAGACUGAAUACGGAUGAAAAGUACACAGGUUUAAAAAAACAGCUGAGUGAUCUCUGUGCACUUAAUUCAGAACAAAUCCUUCUAGCAGAAGUACAUGAUUCCAACAUAAAGAACUUUCCUCAGGACAACCAAAAAGUAGGACUCUCAGUGAGUGGAUUUUUGUGUGCAUUUGAAAUUCCUGUCGCUGCAUCUCCAAUUUCAGCUUCUAGUCCAACACAGACAGAUUUCUUCUCUUCGCCAUCUACAAAUGGAACAUCCACCCUAACUACCAAUGGGGACCUACCCCGACCAAUAUUCGUCCCCAGUGGAAUGCCAAACGCUGUUGUGCCAUGUGGAACUGAGAAGAACUUCACAAAUGGAAUGGUUAAUGGUCACAUGCCAUCUCUUCCUGACGGCCCCUUUACAGGUUACCUCAUUGCAGUCCACCGAAAAAUGAUGAGGAAAGAACUGUAUUUCCUGUCACCUCAGGAGAAUAGCCCCAGCCUCUUUGGAAUGCCAUUGAUUGUUCCAUGUACUGUACAUACCCGGAAGAAAGACCUAUAUGAUGCGGUUUGGAUGCAAGUAUCCCGGUUAGCGAGCCCACUCCCACCUCAGGAAGCUAGUAAUCAUGCCCAGGAUCGUAUCGGCUGUCAAUAUCCAUUCACUCUACGAGUUGUGCAGAAAGAUGGGAACUCCUGUGCUUGGUGCCCAGAGUAUAGAUUUUGCAGAGGGUGUAAAAUUGAUUGUGGGGAAGACAGAGCUUUCAUUGGAAAUGCCUAUAUUGCUGUGGAUUGGGACCCCACAGCCCUUCACCUCCACUAUGAAAUGUCCCAGGAAAGGGUUGUAGAUAAGCAUGAAAGUGUGCAGCAGAGUCGGCGAGCGCAAGCCAAGCCCAUCAACCUGGACAGCUGUCUCCAUGCUUUCACCAGUGAGGAAGAGCUAGGGGAAAAUGACAUGUACUACUGUUCCAAGUGUAAGACCCACUGCUUAGCAACACAGAAGCUGGAUCUCUGGAGGCUUCCACCCUUCCUGAUUAUUCACCUUAAGCGAUUUCAAUUUGUAAAUGAUCAGUGGAUAAAAUCACAGAAAAUUGUCAAAUUUCCUCGGGAAAGUUUUGAUCCGAGUGCUUUUUUGGUAUCACGAGACCCAGCUCUCUGCCAGCAUAAACCAUUCACACACCAGGGGGAUGAGCUCUCCAAGCCCAGGAUUCUGGCAAGAGGGGUGAAGAAAGUGGAUGCACAGAGUUCGGCUGGGGAAGAGGACAUGCUCCUGAGCAAAAGCCCAUCCUCACUCAGCGCUAACAUCAGCAGCAGCCCAAAAGGUUCUCCUUCUUCAUCAAGAAAAAGUGGAACCAGCUGUCCCUCCAGGAAAAACAGCAGCCCUAAUAGCAGCCCACAGACUUUGGGGAGGAGCAAAGGGAGGCUCCGGCUGCCCCAGAUUGGCAGCAAAAAUAAACUGUCAAGUAGUAAGAAGAACUUGGAUGCCAGCCAAGAGAAUGGGGCUGGGCAGAUCUGUGAGCUGGCUGACGCCUGGAGCCGAGGGCAUAUGCAGGGGGACAGCCAACCAGAGCUGGUCACUCCUCAGGACCACGAGGUAGCUUUGGCCAAUGGAUUCCUUUAUAAGCAUGAAGCAUGUGGCAAUGGCUGUGGCAAUGGCUACAGCAAUGGUCAGCUUGGUAACCACAGUGAAGAAGACAGCACUGAUGACCAAAGAGAAGACACUCAUAUUAAGCCUAUUUAUAAUCUAUAUGCAAUUUCAUGCCAUUCAGGAAUUCUGAGUGGGGGCCAUUACGUCACUUAUGCCAAAAAUCCAAACUGCAAGUGGUACUGCUACAAUGACAGCAUCUGUGAGGAAUGUCACCCUGAUGAAAUUGACACCGACUCUGCCUACAUUCUUUUCUAUGAGCAGCAGGGGAUAGACUAUGCACAAUUUCUGCCAAAGAUUGAUGGCAAAAAGAUGGCAGACACAAGCAGUAUGGAUGAAGACUUUGAGUCUGAUUACAAAAAGUACUGUAUGUUACAGUAAAGCUACCACUCUGGCUGCUAGACAGCUUGGUGGUGAGGGAGAUGACUCCCUGCCAAGUUGUACUUGGCAAAAGUGUCACUGAAAGGCAAGCUAAAUGUAGUUAUUUUAUCCUGUUAGAAUACAAAUUCUAAUUAAAAUAGUUAACUUUAAGAGUAGCAAUAAUUUUAUUUUAAAGUCUCAUACAAGUUGUCCGAUAGAGAACUUUCAGGCAGAUCCCACCAUUAGCCUGCAAACAAAAGGUUUGGCACCAGCCACCUGGGACCAAAUAAGAAUUCAAUUGUGCUUGUCCAGAUAUGAACAAAUAUGUAGUGAGUAUAGAGUUUACCAAUAAUCAUAACAAAUAUUAAAGAUUUCCUUGGAGUCAAAGUAAAAAACAAAAAAUUGUAAUGUUGUCUAGGGAUGACAUGAUAUGCUACCUCCUUCUUCCCGAAGUUUAUUCCAUUAUAUUGACAAGAUGGAGAAAGCCAGAUCAUGAAGGUGUGCAAAUGAUUCUUACGGCACGGGCGAGGAUUUUUCAAUUUAUUUUUUAAAGUUUCCAUACCCUUUCUUUGUCUUUCUUGCUUUUUGUUUUUGCCGUUGUGUUUAUGUUUGAGGCACAACCAGUCAUUGGUGGCAGGGGCAUAGAGUGAUCAGUCUGAAAGGGAGGCUCUCUUAAGAGCUAUGUGCCUUCCACCCAGAGGGAGACCCAGUAGAAAGAAAAACAUCCUGGGAAAUCCAGCUACCAUGGCCCUCCCAGUGGAGGCAUCUUACAUUUAGGAUACUUCAAGUAUCCUCAGAAAUGUAUUCUGCACCCCUGGCCCUGCCCAUGCUGAGGGAAGGGAAGCAGUUGCCAAUAUUUGCAGCAUCUUCACGUGCACAUGUUGCAACAAGAGCUUCUGGGAAAGUAAGCGGCAUCAGAGCUAGAUCACGUUUUGCAAUUAGUGGUUGUUCUUUUCUGUGUUUAUUUUGCACUUUAAAAAAGAGAGAACACAUGCAAAUGAACUUGCUUGUGUGUAUUUGAUGGCUCUAAGGGCUAUAAAUUACAAACAAAACACGUCCCAGACAUUAGGAGUUCAUAAGUAUAUUUAAUGAAAUUGGUGGUUUUAGGAAGUCAACUUUAGUUUUGCUUUGUUUGCAUGUUCACUAAUUUUUUUAUUUUGAUAUUUGCCUUUUUUUAAAAUUUUACAGUAGUCAUUGAAAGUUAUGUUUCUUUGUUUACUUCGUUUUUGCUCUAAUUAUUCAAGACUGGAACAAAAGUAUAAAUAUUAUUUAUUUCAGGUAGAGUUUUUUUCAUGUAGUUUUUUAAUACAUACUUGAAGGAAAUGUUUCACCUUAUUUUUGGCCUUUGUUUAUUCAUUUAGACCUUGCAAGUUGAUUCUCAUUAACUGUCAGAUUCCACUACCCUUUCUUCCUCAUAGGUAGUAAUUACCAGUGUAACUAAGCAUUUGCGUUCUGAUAUCUGAGGCCAGUAACUAUGAAUAUCUAGUUCUCAGAGCAUUUGGAAAGGUUAUCUGAAAUGGCUACCUAAAUUGAAAUCCUUUUCAGAAAAAAUAUAAUUGCAAGUAGGUAGGAGUGGCCUAAAUUGUCUAAUGUAAUAAAGUCAGACAAAAUGCAUACUUUAUAGUUUCAAGAUUUUCAGUAUAUAAAAUCUGUCCAUUCCUACCUGGACAUGUCCCAUUAAAAAGUGGAAGAUUUUAAAUAAUUUCUUUACAGAUGUUUUAUUUAAGCAGGUAGCACAAUCUACUAAUGUUGUUUGCUCUGUGUUUGUUAUACUGGUUGUAAUUAAUUUUUUUAAUUCAUGAACUAGCUGAAAAUUUAUUAAAUUAACUAUUAACUACAUUCAUCUUGUAAAUUACUGUAUAAAACUUGUUGACAAUGCACUGGCUUUAGAAAGAUGUUAAUGUACAUAAAUAGAGUGUAAAUAAAAUAGUGUUGAUGUACUGAAAUAUGAACUGUAUAAAAAGUAUUGGUAAUUGUAUAUGGGUGUACCUGUUUAUCUGUAACUGUUAUCCAAACGAAUUAAAUACUGUGGAUGCCU